AUGCAGCCACAGCACGCGACAUCUCAAGCACGUGGCGAUGUUACUGCCUCUUCCGUCGAUACUAGUGGGGCUUCUGUGCAAGCUAAUGAAGCAGCAUCGGAGCAUGAUGCGCCUUCGGUGCAGAGUAUCACACAAAGUCAGCUUGCCGAUGAUGAACGAAGUGAAGAGGAAAAGGCUGAUCGACUCCCACGCUCUUCAAAGAUAUACAGAAAAAGAGACUCGUCCAGUCACAAGGAGAGCCGGCGUAAGAGCAACUCUCACGAGCUACCGGCAGCGGGGCACAUGGCUUCAGCCGACAACGACUCUCAAAAUCUUGCUCAUGAAGCAUCUUCUCCAUCAGAAAUGCAAAGAAAUACCCCAACUCAGGCUACGUUUGGUCAUCGACGAAGCGCUGGCUCGCCAAAAGGGAUGGCAAUAUCUCCAGUAAUUCCCACUGAGAAUAGUGAAGCAGCCGUAGGCCCAAAUGAGGCGCAGAGUAAGCAUGAGUCUCGUCUAUCUAGCUCCAGUGCUUACAUGGCAUUACAAUCCCGCUACUUCACGCGUUCUCCUAAUAGAGCAGCCUCCCAAGAUAGCGUUACUUCAAGAAACCCACCAAACGGCGAAUCCAAUGGCGCGAGUAGCUUUCAGCGGCAAGUGCCUGACCCCGUAGGCCAUUCGAAAAUUGUCAAUGAGGUCGACGCUCAACUGUCUAUCCAGCCAACACAGAGCGGCAGCGCGAACGAAAGCGUGACUCCAGGAGCUAGGAGGCCGAACAGCAUCCACCAGGCAGUGGAACAGCCGACGUCUGCGGAGAGUCGUCUUAAUCUUCCUAAAUCUUCUAAUACGCUUGACGUGCCCAGGCAUCCUAAUGCGGCAACUGGAGACCGAGAUGCACCUCGCAGCCCAUCACGCGAUGUGUCUGGUGGAAGGCCAAGCAUGGAGAGUUUACCAAGUCAGAUAGAUCCUGACAGACCGCCAUCACCUAUGUCACCACAGCUUCCUAUACAGAUGACUGGAUCGCCGAGAGGGCGGCCUGUUGUCCCGGCUCACCACGGCAUAGAGCACAAUUUUGGACCACAGCCGAGCCACGAGGAAACUGAGAGGCGUUCCCGCUCAUUCUCUAGACCAUUCAAUUCAUCUCUAGAACGCAAACGUUCUGGAGCUUCAGAUCUACAGCAAUAUCCUCCUUCUAUGCAGCGUCAACUAUCAACAGAGGACAUGGUCAUGCCCGACGGCUUCUAUCCAAGACCCAUUUCUCGCGAGCAGGCUAUGGUUCCUCGCAGCCAAACUUCGGAGUACGCGAUAGAGGGUGUUGGUCCGCCUGACGUACCACCAAAGGACUCAAAGCCUCGAUCAAGAAGGGGCUCGAGGAGCUCGACGUUUCUGAAAUCGCUCGCUAAAUCUUUCACAGACUCGGAUAGCCCGUCAUUUCAAAAUUCGACUGCUGAUCAAGGACACCACUCUCCCGCAACAUCCGGUGCUGAUGCUACGCCAAAGAGCAAGAGGUCAAGCAUAUGGGGCCUUCGUAAGAGCCAGCUUGAUUUAUCUAACGAAAGCACCAAGAAAAGUCCUCCAACCACGGUGCCAAGAUCCGAGCUAUCAAGGACAUCGACCAAUAUCACCCAAUUGCCGGCUCCUACACCGCCCCCAAAGAAAAGCCUCGAGGCAUUGGAUGACGAGUUUCCUAUGAGACCGAAGCAGAGGGUAACAACAAGCUUUAGUAAAAGGCUCCAGCGAAUACCUACCUCUGAAACCAAAGAAAUCAACAAAGAGGCCGAAGUCGGUAAGAAAAACAGAUUGUCGACGCUUGGAAGCAUUUUCAGCAGAUCUGGACAUAAGCGGAACAACUCCUCCAAGCACGCUCGACACCCAUCUGAAGGCGAGUCAAGCAAACCCUCGCAGCCGAUGUUGCCCUCAAUGCAGGAAAAUGUACGCUACACUUCAGCACAAGCUGCUGCCUCCCCAAGUUUUGAGCCAGAUCCUUCGUCAUAUCAAUCGCAACAGGGCCUUGUCCAACCGCCAAUAGGAGGAUACUAUGCACCAAGGACCCGAAAGGCUAGUUCUCAGCAAUCUAGACCUCCUGCACACUCAAACACGCACCAACAACACACCCAACUACAGCAACAACCGACGUCCCCUGGUAGAGAUCUACCUGCAUAUUUUGAGGCUGCCAGUCUUCGACAGCAAAGUUCCCCUCGUGUGUCUCCGCCUGCCAGCAGAAGCUCAAGAGUCUCGACCACCUUACUGCGAAAAGCUUCACAGGCAGACCAGAAAGAAGCUUCGCCGUCUGGUCAGCGGCGUGAGAGCAGAUCUAAGGGCAGUAUUUGGGGCCGUGUAUCUGCACAGGCGCCCUCCAAGGGUCGAAGCUCACAAUCUAUCCCGUCGAUAGGUGGACCUUUUAAAUAUAACAGCUAUGCUGCCACCCCACACGAGUCACAAACAGGGCACACACUAGGUCACAACAUCCGCCAUCCUACCUCACCUCCUCCCCCACCACCUCCGCCUAAGGAUGAAUGGCACCGUGCAGCCCCUCGGAGAUCGAGUCUCGCGGCAAACAACCCCACGUCCUCUAAUGCCGCAGCGACGCCGUCGAACGUCCUAGGUCCAUCACCUCCUGAUGAUAGACAGCGCUUUAUUCUACCCCCACUCCAGACUAAUGUCCCAAAUGUGCUCACUCAUCAACACAUCCCACACGAACAACAAGGCUAUACUCUCCCGCCCCUUCAAACGGAGAUUCCUACUCCUCACCUAGGUACUAUAAGAUCCGGACUCAGUAGUGGGACACCAACGACAGUCACCAAUACGCCUGGUAUGACAUUCGAAGAGAAACGUCGAAGCCGGCAGUACGAAAUCGAGGUCGGUCACAUGAGCCCCAGUGGAGGCCCACAAUCACCGCAGCAUAAACGACGAAGCAGACAACUGGAACUCGAGACAGGCCAUAUGAGCCCAGCAAAGAAUCCCGGCUCCAUGUCACCAGCAGAGAAACGGCGGAGCAGACAGAUGGAGAUCGAGACAGGUCAUCUGAGCCCAGGAGGCGGCAAUACGAGUCCUCAGGCUACGGCCGGUCUUGCAUUAAAACAAGUCAGGGAAGACAAGGACUCGGAAGCGGAAGAGCCGAUUCGAAUGAAUGCGACGAGUUUUCCAGGACAGGAGUGGCGGCCUGACACGAAGUAUGCUUGGCUAGGAGAUUGA